GUCUCAUCUGUGGUUGUUUUGCUGUUUUGCGUAUAGAGAAUUUUGAUUCCAUUCCAAGCACAUCCAAGAUUAUCCUUAAUUUUCAAAGUAAUUAAAUAAAACAUUGUAUAUUAAACCAGCAUUAAUAUUGAAAUGGACACUGAAUCAAUAGCAUCGACUUCCAAGUUAACUGCCGCUGAGAUUAUCAAAAAUGCCGCACAUGAAGAUAAAAAGGUAUGUCCACUGUGUGGUACAGAGGUGAGACUUUACUUCAUACACUUUAAUGAAAAAGUCUUGAUGUGUGGAACAGAUGAAUGUCCUUAUCCAUUUGGCGUUGAAGAGGUUGUUUUUGCCAAAGUAGACGAGGGCAGCGAAUAUAACGUACCAGUGCCCAGCGUCAAGCUAUCCAAGAGAUCCAGGCGAUCCCGGCGAUCUAAGGGAUCCCCAUCUGCCUCGAAUUCCAGGGUGUCAACCACAGCCUGGUCUGAUAUAGAGAAGAUGACCCGAGUCAAUGAAGCUGAGGAGCAGCUGGCCAGCCAACAAGCUGAAGCCCGAGAGUUCUACACGCACAAAACAAAGAAGAGCCCUAAAGAAGUUGCUCCCAAAGAUAAAACACAAGAAAAAUUACUAAAGGAACUUCGCAAAGUUUACACCAAAGAUAUGGAGAUGACCAAAGAGGAUGAUUUUAUAAAAAAUGAAAAAUGGUUAAAGAAUUUGAUGGAUUUGCAGGAGUCUUCAGGCCAGACUCUGGUUAAAGAGGAGGAGAUGAAAAUGUUACGAAGCAAGCAUCCAGAAAUCGGGUCAGGUGAAUUAAAGUUUGACAUUGAUAUGACUACUGCAACAAACAAUAUGUCUGUAAUCAAAAUAGCUAUACAAAACAAAAAAGGUGAAAAGGAGGGAGAAAAAAAGGGAGAAAAGAAGGGAGAAGAUAAUGGAGAAAAGAAGGAAGAAGAUAAUGGAGAAAAGAAGGAAGAAGAUAAUGGAGAAAAGAAGGAAGAAGAUAAUGGAGAAAAGAAGGAAGAAGAUAAUGGAGAAAAGAAGGAAGAAGAUAAUGGAGAAAAGAAGGAAGUAAAAUCGGGAGAAAAGAAGGAAGUAAAAUCGGGAGAAAAGAAGGAAGUAAAGAAGGAAGUAAAGAAGGCGGAAAAGAAGGAAGAAAUUAAGGGAGAAGAGAAGGGAGAAAAGAAGGAAGAAAUGAAGGAAAUGUAA